AUGUUGAAUCCGUUCUGGAGAUUGAGCAGUCAGGCCGAUGCAGCUAGGAUGCUCCGAGCCGUGAUUCCUCCAGGUUCCUCAGGUGUCCCCACUGGGUCGUACCCGAGGUUCAUCUGCCAAGGACCGCAGGUGUCACUGCAGUGUCUGUGUAGCAACAAACCGUCCCAGACAAGAUUAGAGAGGAGUAGGGUGCCUGAACCGCAGAAGCGCCUUCUUCAUCUUCAUGGCUCUAGAAGCAGGAAAAGACGAACAUGGGGGAGCCUCCUCCGCAGUGUGCUGGGCAUUCAUGCCCCCCCCCACCCCGCCCAGCAUCCAGAAAAGAGGGGGAGUGGAGAGAGGUGCAGCCUCACAGAGGGGCGUUCGGUAUCCAUCCGCUGCCGCCUCCAGCACUGCAGUUGCCAAGCUCCCGGCCUUGCUGCCCCCUCCCCGCGCAUCCCCGCCGCCCACAGCCGCCCGCCCGUCCCGUCCCACAGGGCACGGCAGCCCUGGCGUGGCGUGGCGCGGCGCCGGAGACGGGGUAGUGGUCUGCACGCGAGGGUGCGCCCGGCACUCCCGAGGCAGGCUGGCGCGAAGCCGCCCCCCAGACUGCGGUUAGCGCCGGCCCCGCCCCCCCGCGGGUCGGGACUACGGUGGGCCUGGGAGGGGGCGCCGCCCUUCCCGCAGUAUCCCUCCGCCCCUUCCCGACACCCUCGCGGCGCGCGGUUCCUGCCGCAGCGCGUUCCGCGCGGCCGCUUUGCUGCAGAGGCGUGGGCGCGGGCGCGGCCUGCUUUAAGGCUGGUCGGUUCUUCAGCAAAACAAGAGGAGGAGACAGGCUCCGGCUCAGAUCUCUGGAGGCUGGACCCCUGCAGUCGGCUGUAGGGCUUCAUACCACCUGAACAAAGAAAGGAGUGGAAAUUGCAUCACACCAGUGCAG